AUGGAGACCGUCGUGAAGAAACCGGAGCGCCACUUCGUGCUGGUCCACGGCCUCUGCCACGGCGCGUGGUGCUGGUACAGGCUGGCCACCAUCCUGCGCUCCGCCGGCCACCGCGUCACGGCGCCCGACCUUGCCGCGUGCGGCGCCAGCCCGGUGCGCGUCGACGAGGUGCGCUCGUUCGCCGAGUACAGCCGGCCGCUAACCGACGCCGUGGCCGCGGUGCCGCCGGGCGAGAAAGUGGUGCUCGUCGGCCACAGCUACGGCGGCUACAGCCUCGCGCUGGCCAUGGAGGCGCACCCGGACAAGGUGGCUGUCGCCGUCUUCGUCGCCGCGGCCAUGCCGGCCGCCGGCUGCCCCAUGUCACAUCUACUCUCGCAGAUCAUGGAGGAAACCGCGACGGACGCCGCCACGGACAGCGUGCCCGCGGUGAUCGGCGCGGCGGAAACGUUUCUCCUGGGCCCCGAGCGCCUGUCGCGGCGGCUGUACCAGCGAAGCUCGGCCGAGGACCUGGCGCUGGCGACGGCGCUGGUGAGGCCGGCGCGGUGGUUCCUCGACGACGCGGCGAUGACGGAGAGCGACCUGACCGCCGACAGGUACGGCGCGGUGAGGCGCGCGUGCGUGGUCACCGAGGAGGACGCGACGUGGGCGGCGGAGUCGCACCGCCGGAUGGCCUCGCGUUGCCCCGGCGUGGAGGUGGCGGCCGUCGAGGGUGCCGACCACAUGCCCAUGCUCUCCACGCCCCACCAGCUCGCCGCGAUCCUCAUGGAGAUCGCCGACAAGUACAUCUGAGCUAGCCAUCAGCUCAUCGUCGGUACAG